UGUUCCUUUAUUCUCCUACUGUAUGAGGUGCUGGGGCCAGCCCAUCUCCCUGCCUCUUCUCCCCACUGAGCAGUCGGAAGAGCAGAGAACCCUCACAGACCUGUGCACCUGCAGACCAGGUAGCCACCGUAGCCAUGGCCCGCAUCAUCGACCUGGUGCCCUGGGAUGACGGCUCCACGCACAUGUAUGCCUCCCCGGCCAUUCUGCUGCCUGUGGAACGGACACGCAACCAGUUGGCCGGCGUGAAACAGCAGCUCUACCACCCGGCUCUGCCCAGCCUGCGCCGCAUGGACAUGGACUCGGUCAGGGCCUGCCUUUCCGACGAGCACUGCCAGUCCACCACCUACUGCCGCAAAGAUGAUUUUGACAACGCCCACUUCACACUUUUGGGUGUCCCCAACAAACCCCUGCAUUGCUUGGACAUCACGGCGACCGGCCAGAAACUCCGCAACAGGUACCGCGAGGGAAAGCUGGUACCCAUUGCUCCAGGCAUCAACCGGCUGGACUGGCCCUGCUUCACACGCGCCAUUGAGGACUGGUCCCGCUUCGUGUCCGCCGCCGGCGAGUUCAAGCUGCCCUGCCCGAGCAGGAAGGGCGAGAGUUUCAGCGGCUACGCGGUGCGGUACUUGAAGCCGGAGGUGACCCAGAACUGGCGGAGGGAUGUGGGGGCCGGGGAGGGGGCCAGUGUCCCCCUCGGCUCACUGCCCCCCCAUUUCUCUGGCCCGCGCCAGUACUGUCUCAACCAGAACCCCAGCCUGGACCGCUACGGACAGAAGCCCCUGCCUUUUGACUCCCUGAACGCUUUCCGACGCUUUGGCUCAAUCUACAGCCGUGUCAACUACCAGACCCCUUGGCAUUAA